CUAAUCCAAACCUUAAAAUUUACUUCCCAGUUGCUACCUCAACGUCCCCAACACUGUGUUCCUGUUCUUCUUCUUCGAUGGCGGCAACCUCAACAUCACUGGCUUCUCAACUCUACAUUGGCCUGCGCCGCCCAUGCCUCAAGCUUGAUUCUUUCAAUUCUCAAUCUUUCUCUGUCUUCGACCCCAAUCUUCGCCUAUCCCUCUCUCCUCCCAGACCCUCACGCGCCAUCGUCGCCAUGGCAGGCACCGGCAAGUUCUUUGUUGGCGGCAACUGGAAGUGUAACGGAACAAAAGACUCCAUCAGUAAGCUUGUUGCUGACUUGAACAGUGCAAAAUUGGAGCCUGAUGUUGAUGUUGUUGUCGCACCUCCCUUUCUGUACAUUGAUCAAGUGAAAAACUCACUCACUGAGAGGAUUGAAAUAUCUGCCCAGAAUUCUUGGGUGGGAAAAGGUGGUGCUUUCACGGGAGAAAUCAGCGCGGAACAACUAAAAGAUCUUGGAUGCAAGUGGGUUGUUCUUGGACAUUCUGAGCGAAGACAUAUUAUUGGAGAAAAUGAUGAGUUUAUAGGAAAGAAAGCUGCCUAUGCUUUGAGCCAAGGUCUUGGAGUGAUUGCAUGCAUUGGAGAAUUGUUAGAAGAAAGGGAAGCUGGAAAAACUUUUGAUGUUUGUUUUCAGCAAUUGAAGGCUUAUGCAGAUGCAGUUCCUAGCUGGGACAACAUUGUUAUUGCAUAUGAACCUGUAUGGGCUAUUGGAACGGGCAAAGUGGCCACUCCCCAGCAAGCUCAGGAAGUACAUGUAGCUGUUCGAGAUUGGCUAAAAAAGAAUGUCCCUGAUGAAGUUGCAUCUAAAACGCGAAUUAUUUAUGGAGGGUCUGUAAAUGGAGGGAACAGUGCUGAGCUAGCAAAGCAAGAAGAUAUUGAUGGAUUUCUCGUUGGAGGUGCUUCAUUAAAGGGUCCUGAGUUUGCUACCAUUGUCAAUUCAGUCACAUCCAAGAAAGUUGCGGCUUGAACUUGAUUACAUAUUGUGAUUUUGGCAAUAAGAGAGCAUUAAGGAUAUAAAGACGGGCUAGUCUUAAAUGUGGCAAUAAUAUGGGUGUACAAUAACAGAUUGGUUUUUAUUAUCAAAAUUACUGCGUCAAUUUCUUUGCAAUCAGUAGGAAUUGCAUCCUCUGAGUUUUCCAAAGAGCCAGUGUUUUUACAGCAAUUAGAGAUGCAGAGAUGGUAGAAAGCAAUAAAUAAUAAAUGUUUCUGGAUUAUUGUUGUUUUUUAUAUCGUCAAAUUUUAAAUCCUGUAUUUUUUAUUUUUUGCUUUUGAUUGUCACCGUCACUGACGGGGUCCAGAAUUUUUGUGACUAAAAAUGCACCUUGUAUGUUUGUUCACUUUCUAAAUAUGGAAGUUAUUGUGAA